AUGCUGCCAGCAGCUCCCAGCUGCUGCGUCCUCUCCCGCCCCCGCCUGGGAGCAGCAAACGCCCUCAUGGGCCGUUUUGCUGCGCGCCACCGCCGCUUCUUGACCCCGAGGGCCUUCACCAGCAGCUCUAUCGGCCCUGCAGCAGCAGCUGCUGCUUCUGCUGCUCCCUACGCGCCCGAUCGCCACCCCGCCUCUGACAAGCACCAAGCAGCAGCAGCAGCAGCAGCAGCAGCAGGCACUCCGCGCAGGGAGCACGUCGUGGUCUUGGGCACCGGCUGGGCCGCCGUGAGCUUCGUCCGAAACCUGGACCCGAACAAGUUCGAAGUGACGGUCAUUUCGCCUCGAAAUUAUUUCACCUUCACUCCGCUGCUUCCCAGCGUCUGCGCCGGCACCCUCACCCCCCUCAGCUGCAUUGAGCCCAUCAGGGGCUUCUCCCGAGACCGCAACGGCCGCCGCCUUUUGAACUUCUACGAGGCGCACGCGACGGACAUUGAUUUUGAAAACAAGAGAGUUUCGUGCGCGAGCCGCACCUCGAGCUUCAAAGUGGACUACGACAAGCUGGUGCUGGCAGUGGGAACGGAUCCCAACACCUUCGGAGUUCCCGGAGUUGAAGAAAAUUGUUUUUUUCUCAAAGAAGUGGAACAUGCAGUUCAAAUUCGAAAACGCGUUAUGGCCAACUUCGAAACUGCUGCGCUCCCGACAACAUCGCAGCAAGAGAGGGAGCGGCUGCUGCACUUCGUGGUGGUUGGGGGGGGCCCCACAGGUGUAGAGACAGCAGCAGAGUUUGCAGACUUUAUAAGAGAAGACAUGAAGCGCAUUUUCCCUGAACUGAUGCCCCACGUUGCAAUAACCCUGGUGGAGGGGGGCCCCCGGCUGCUGCCAACAUAUGCCCCAGAAAUCAGCAGCUACGCGCAGCAAGUGCUGCAGGAAACCCUGAAAGUGCGGCUGCUGCUGCAGCACCAAGUUGUUGCUGUUGGCGAGAAAACCCUCACCUGCAAGAGACUCAGCGGCGGCAGCAGGCAGCAGCAGGAGCAGCAGGAGCAGCAGCAGCAAAACAAUGAAGAAAAAGUAAUUCAGCAGGGCUUCGUGCUGUGGGCCAGCGGCGUGGGCCAAGUGCCUCUGGUGCGCAAGCUGCUGCAGGAGCGGCUGCCGCCCCCCCCCAGCAGCAGCAGCAGCAGCAGCAGCAGCAGCAGGGGGGGCCUCAGGGCCCUUCCUGUAGAUGAACACUUGAGGGUUUAUGGUGCUGCUGGCGUUUUUGCUGCUGGCGACUGCGCGCUGCUGCUGCCGCGGCGUUUAGCUGCUGAGACGGAUGCGCUGUGGACUGCUGCUGGCAGCUGCGACGUGAGCCUGUCUUGGCUGCAGCAGCAGCUGCCGCGGCUGCAGCAGCAAUAUCCCCAAUUGAAUCCUCUGAAGUUUGAUUUGAAAAAAGAAAAGGAUGAAGGGCCUUUAACGAAGCAGCAGCUGCAGCAAUUGCUGGAGCGCAUAGACGCAGCCUACCGGCCCCCCGCGCCCACGGCUCAGAACGCGCGGCAGGCGGGAAUUUAUUUGGCGCGGAAGUUCAACUUGGGUGGGGGCCCCGCGUUUAGCGAGGAGUGGAAGGGUUCUUUGGCGUAUGUCGGUAACCACAACGCGGUGGCGCAGCUGCCAGGGUAUAUUGUCACUGGAGGUUUCUUCUCCUUGCCUCUGUGGAAGGCCGUGUACGUGCAGAUGCAGCUGACGUGGCGCAUCCGUUUGAUCUGCUGCUUUGACUGGCUGCGGACUCUUUUUGCUGGGCGAGAUGUGGGACGGGAGCACAGCUAUUACAAAUAG